UCUUUAUUAUGAAAUGAAAGAAGAUAUGAAGGCGAUGAAGAGAGAUAUGAAUGCUAUGAGGAAAGAAAUUAAACAAGAGAUUCGUCAGGAGAUAAGGGCUGAACUGAAAGAUAUCAAAGACACAUUAGGCAGAGCAACAGAAGAUAUUACAAAAAUGGGAAAAAAUAUGGAAAAAAUUGAGAGUAAAACAGAAAAAAUAAACAAAAAAGUUCUUGAAAUGGAAAAAAACUACGAACGUGAUCUUGAUGAAAGAGCGCUACAAGAUCAAAAGCAACGUGAACAGUGCAUCAAGAUCAGAGGUUUAAAAGAGAAAGAUAACGAAGAUUUAUAUGAAUACCUCACACCGAUUUUGGCUGAAUAUGUAGGAGCAGAGAAAGAACAUUUUGAACAAGAAAUAAGUAAAAUGUUCCGCCUUAACUCUAAGAUAGCGAAACAAAAAGGACUGUCUAGGGACGUGAUCGUUUAUUUCACAAGGAAAAAAAUUAGAGAUGAAAUCAUUCAACUAAAUUACGAACAACAUCUUGAAGUAGAAGGGGAAGAGCUAAUUCUAUUAAAAGAUAUCCCUUUGAGGAUCUUAAAAAAACGUAAUGAGUACAAACCCCUAGCGAUGCUGCUCAGGAAGAACAAUAUUCCAUAUAGAUGGGAUAGGCUGGAAGGGCUGAUUUUCAAAUAUAAAACGGACUUACUUAGAAUAAACUCAAUUCUAAAAUUAAAAGACUUCAUGAAAAAACAUAAGAGAGACCUGGAGAAAUCGUCGAAUACAGAGGAGAAAAAAGACAAAGAUAACAACAUAGGUGAACCUUCGGACUCAGAAUCUGAACAGGAACAAGAAAGAGAUGAGAAUAAAGGAAAAGAGGAAAAAGCAAAUAGUGAAGAGGAGGAAGAGACAGCAGAGGUGAAUUGAGAUAAGAAUUGUUUACGCAAGGUUUUGGAAAUCGAAUCAAAUCCCCUCCAUGGAUAAGUGGCUGAUGAAAGUCCUAGAGACGGCAGAGAUGGACAAGAUCUACUGUGG